AUGCGUAUCGCGCAAGCAUUGCAUCGGAAAGCUUGGGGUUCGAUCAACAUUCCGAAUUAUAUGGCAGCGAUGCAAUCGUUGGUCGUGAACAUGGUUGCCAUUCUACUGAAAGCAUUUCAGAAUCCUUUCGAGCCAACCGUGUUUCAGCAGAGAGCCGCAUCUCAGGGUGCAGCAGAACAAUUACAAGCAGAUCUUAUCAACGACGUGAUCGGGCAACUGAACGGGCUCAUAGCCGUACAGUUGGGUGUUUCAACAGAGCAAACUUUGCGCAGACCUUGGAGCAGGAAUGUCUUUGUCGUGGACAAGCACGAAACUUUUUCGGAGUUACUCGAGGAGCUCUCGGAGGAAAAGUACGAUACGGCUGGAAGGUUCUUGGUAGUGCAGAGUGGUCUGCUGACUGAAACUGAUGCUCGAUUGGUGUUUGAGGAUCUGUGGAAAGUACGUAUCGUCAAUGUCGUAUUGGUUGGAAACACCAGUAACGGAACUCAGCUGUGGUCAUACGUUCCAUACCGGAAGGGAAGCUGUGGUUUGGUUAACCUAGCUAACGUUAAAUCAUCGGAUACCGUAGACGUACUGUUCCCGGACAAAACUAAAUCCUUCCAUGGAUGCGGGUUCAAUGUAGGAUCAUUUGAAACGUGGCCUUUUACCAUCAUGCAGUACUCCGAUUCUAACUCGACAGAAAUGAGUGGUUUCGAGGGUGAUCUGCUGGAGGUACUGAGCAAGAAAUUGAACUUCGAAGCUACGAUCGUGGAACCGGAGAACGGUGAACAAUGGGGUUAUGCACUGAAGGAAAACAGUACCGGUUUGGUGGGAAUGAUUCAACGGGAGGAAGUAGACUUCGGAAUCUCCUGCUUGGGGAUAUCUCUGGCCAGAAACGAAAUCCUGAGAGCGGGCAUUGCUCACUAUACGACAGCUUUGGUUCUAGCCGUUCCCAAGGGACGUCCCUAUACGGCAUUUGAGAAACUGUUUCUACCGUUCAAAGCAAGUGUAUGGUUGUUCAUGGCUGUUUUCCUCAUAGGGGCCAUCACUGUGAUUAUGGUAGUUGAACAUAAAAACGAUAGCGUGCAGGCUUUUGUCUAUGGCAAAAAUGUACGCUUUCCCUUUAUGAAUUUACUUCAAGUUUUCUUCGGGAUUUCGAUUCCCGUUACUCCUUCAAGAAACUUUGCACGAACGCUCUUGUUUAUGUGGAUGAUCCUUUCUCUAGUGUUACGAACCUGCUAUCAGGGAGCAAUGUAUCGGUACCUGCAGAAGAAGUCAACCUUGCCCCCGUCGCAGACAUUGGCAGAAAUUGACCAAACCGGCGCUUUGUACUACGUAGUGGAAUCGGCUGAACGCUAUUACGAAGCAGUUCCGCACCGCUAUAAAAGGGUUCGACAUCUACCACAGGAGCACAACAACAUCAUCCGUCGCUUGGAGUGGAUGAUCAACCACCCGCAGUCUCGGGACGUAGUGAUGGGUGCCUUGGACCAUAUGGCCUACCACAACCGGCUGUACCGAAGGCGGGGUGGCUUCCAGCCCAUCUGUCCCGAGUUCAUUUCUACCUACACGGUCGCCAUCUACUAUCCGAAACGAUCCAUACUGACAGAACAGUUUGAUGCUCAAAUUCAGCACAUUCAAGCCGCCGGACUGAUGAACUUCUGGAUUAGCCAAUACGGAGAUUACGACUUUUUCCGGCGACCGAGAGAAACCUCUCAGCCGAAGCGGCUCAACAAUGAGCAUCUUCUGGUCGCCUAUGAAAUGGGCGGGGUAAUGUUGACCGCUAGUGGAGUUGUGUUCGGGUUGGAACUAGCUUCCAGAAGGUUUAGAAUUCUGAAACUAGUGCUGGAUAGCUUUAAUAAUGUGAACAAUCGAAAACAAUCUUCAUCAAUCAAUCAAAAAUAA